AAUUAUGAUGUCGGUCCGCUUCACCAACAUCGACAACGACAACGACAACACCCGUGCAUGAAACUAGUUUGACAGAUCUUCCUUGCUGUAUAAUUUUGUACUCUUUGUAUCACCAUAACUUUCAUGACCCCCGGCGCAUUCCAGUCCCUCAUGGCCUCUCAACUGUCUCCCUUACCCCUCGUGGCGACUUGUCCGCGUUCUGGCCCAAAUACGGUCGAGAAACAUUCGGACCUUUGGUUCAUCGAUGGCUCUGUCGUGCUGCAGGCUGACAAGACUGUGUUCCUCGUUCACCAAACACAACUUGCAAGACAUUCCCUCAUCUUUCGCGACAUGUUCUCUCUUCCUCAACCACCAGCUCCGCGUUCGCGUGAUGACAAAGUCGCAAGAGGUUCCCCGAUGUUCGAAGGUCAUCCCUUAGUCAUAAUGCACGAUGCCGCAGAGGAUGUAGCCAACUUGCUCACGGCCCUCUAUGACGGACCGACAUUCGGGAACAAUGAUCCGGCAGAUUUUCGUAUCGUCUCGGGAAUUCUGCGGCUGUCUUCGAAAUACUUGAUCGAGAGCUUACGUUCUCGCGCACUGGCUCAUCUCAGUAUUGCGUGGCCCGCCACCCUCAAGGGAUGGGAUGCUCGCGAAGAGGCUGUACGAACCUUUGAAUAUGAGAACUCUCACUCAUCUGUGGCGAAUAGAGAGCACCUAUAUCCGUCGCCUAUCGCCGUCAUCAACCUCGCUCGUGAAGCAAAUGCUCCCGAAUUACUUCCAUCGGCGUUUUAUGACUUGUCCCGGUACACAUUCGCUCAGAUAUUUGAACCUUCUCCUCUGGAUGAUCAUGCCUCUUCAUCCCGUUUCCGAUAUCUCACCCCACCACCAUCGCCUCCGCCCCAAGGCAACCCUUCCAAUUCUUCACCCCCGCCACUGUCCGCCGUCUGUCAACCGAGCCUUUCGUCCAGCGAUCUUCAGAAACUGGCUUUAGGCAAAGAGGCAGCAGCUGCCUGCGUCAGUGCACUUGUCCAAUCCAUGGGUCGUGGUCCUCACAUACAUUCUCGCCGCCCCUCUGCUUAUCGACCGCUUUCCCCACCUUCCGCUGUGCUCGUCCACGGCACCUCCUCUUCACCACCCCCGACUGCGAGCUCAAGCGGCUGGGGCUCCUGUACAUCACCUGGUGCUUGCCGCAAAGACUUCGCCGAACUGAUGGGUCUAGCGACACAACAUUACAUCUGCGAUCGGCAGACGGGCGUUAUGGAUCCGUUGUAUGUGGCCGAAGAACUCGGAGGCUUGAAAAGCACGGAAAUGAUGGGAGAGUAUCUUGGGGUGGCCAAGGGAGAGGGUGCAUGGGGAGGCGAGUGUAGGAGUUGUGCCAGAAGCCUCGAGGUGUGGGCAGCAAGAGAGAGGGAGAGGAUGUGGAAGAUGAUACCAUUCUGGUUUAGACUGGAUUGAAGGUAUGUUGCAGACGAUUGAACACGCCUUGAUUUCUCUGUGUGUGUCUGUCGUUCUCUCAACUGUUAUUGCCCGCGUACUUCGUCCGCGCCGUCCUCGUUUUCUUGUUGUGUUUCCUGGCUCUAUACUCUCUUCUGACUGUUUAUCGUGCAUGCUUCAGCCCCCUAGAAUGUGCACUCAUGUCUCCUUGUUGUGUCGCCCUGUGUUUCUAGCUUAUUGUGGCCUUCACAUGUAUUUCUACGAGACCUAUAGUCCGUGUUUAUUUUGAUACGAUUCAUGCAAUCCACUUUUCGCG